GUUCAGUAUUAGCAUAAUAUUUGUGUGAAUGCUUCACCCAGUAACUCUAAUACAACAUAUUUAGUCCAAAUAUUAGGUACUUCUUAGUGUUUGUCAAAUCUAAAGUCACAGUGGUUUAUAGCCAGGAAAGAAACCAGACAAAACGCCCUCUAGAUGAGAAACCAACUCACUUCCUGAAUUAAACCACUGUUCUACAGGAAGACGCUGCCUCUGCUGCCUUCAACCCGUCUGUCCUUUAGUCAAACAUCCAGUCAGGCUUCCUCCAAUCUGUCAGGGUCCAUCUCACUGUCAGUCAGACAGACAGACAGACAGAAGCAGAGAUUUCAUCCUCAGACAGAAGUAAAGAUCUUAUUUAACUCCUGCAGCUAAACUCAGAAGCAGUUUUGUUCUUUGAAGGGAAACCACGGACUUCACACAGGAAGGAGGAGGAUUUGACGUGACGACACCAUGAAGUGACUGCAUCGUAGAUCUGACAAAGCCGGAGUCAGGAUGGAGGGAACGUCUCUGUGCCUCCUUGUGAUGUCAUCGCUGUGCUGCUCAACAAACCGAGCUUGUCUGAUUGAAAGUCCCAACGCAUCUCAGCUGUUUGUGGGAGAUGUUGUGUCUCUGAGCUGCAACAACAAGUCGACAGGAUGCACAGUGAAAAGGAACACGAGCAGAGGACACAUGACUCAGUGCGGCGUCGACUGGGCAACAGCGGAUGAUCGUACCUGCACCAUCAGCCCCGCCAUCACGGAUGACAGUGGAGUUUACUGGUGCGAGUCCAGCUCUGCAUCCAGCAUCAUCAUCAGCAGCAGCAGCAGCAGCAGCAGCAGCAGCAGCAGCAGCAGCAGCAGCAGCAGCAGCAUCAACAUCAGUGUCUCUGGUGGAUCAGUGAUCCUGCAGAGUCCUGUCCUCCCUGUGAUGGAGGGACAUGAUGUCACUCUGCACUGUCAAACAAAGAGCCCUCCCUCCAAGCUCCCAGCUGAUUUCUAUAAAGAUGGCUCCCUCAUCAGGACUGAGCCUACAGGUCACAUGACCAUCCACCGUGUCACCAAGUCUGAUGAAGGAGCCUAUAAAUGCAGCAUCCAGGCUGGUGGAGAGUCUGCGUCCAGCUGGAUGCUGGUCUCAGGUGAAACUACAACCACCUCUGCAGCACCAACGUCUCCGCCUCCUGACUCCUCCCUCCAGCUCACCUUCCUUCUGCUCCUCCAGCUGCUGGUGUUCUGUCCCUACUUCAUCUCUACUCUCCUCAUGGGCGUCGCUGUAUAGACACAGACCUUCAAUUUCUGCACUUUGAAGCUCAUCACAACAAAUGAAGCUGAUGCCCUGACGCAAAUACACUGAUCGCACGCACGCACGCACGCACGCACGCACGCACGCACGCACGCACGCACGCACGCACGCACGCACGCACGCACACUCUCUCUCUCUCUCUCUCUGAUUCAUUUGGUUGUAAGUCACACAGACGCAUUCUGACUUCUUCCCUGUCAUUUAUUAAAGCCAGGAAGGUAAAGAAACUACUUGACAAAAUGUUAUCUAGACACAAUCUACUGUAAAACCAAUGUCUGAAAUGAAGAGAAAAGAUCUGAAUUCAUGACCUGAUGAAGCCUCAUGUUUCUGUCAUGUAUUAGCAAUAAAAAUAAAUGUGAGAUAUGCUA